GGGAGUGCCGUGGAAGAGGGACAUGAAGCAGCUGGAGGCUUCGGGUCGGGUCUCGGGGCUCCAUUUGCGGAAGACGAUGAAGUAGCCGACGAGUUACUCUACAAUUGCUUGGGCAGCUUCUCUAGACAAGGGUGUUCAAGAUGAUCUACAAUAUGGUUACAAAGCUAAGAGCACUUCAGGAACAGUGUUUAACUUCUUCAAUGCCCUUGGCACUGUGGCCUUUGCCUAUGCUGGGCACAAUGUGGUGCUGGAAAUCCAAGCAACAAUCCCUUCCACACCAGAGAAGCCCUCCAAGGUUCCUAUGUGGAGAGGAGUGGUUGUUGCCUACAUAGUUGUGGCUAUAUGCUACUUCCCUGUUGCUCUCAUUGGUUACUGGAUGUUUGGCAAUGAGGUUGACUCUGACAUCCUCAUCUCUCUAGAGAAGCCAGCAUGGCUGAUUGCAAUGGCUAACUUGUUUGUUGUUGUUCAUGUAAUUGGAAGCUAUCAGAUUUAUGCAAUGCCAGUGUUUGACAUGAUUGAAACUGUGAUGAUGAAGAAAUUGAAUUUUGAACCAGGCAGAAUGCUUCGUUUUGUUGUACGUAAUGUAUAUGUGGCAUUCACAAUGUUCAUUGCUAUUACCUUCCCAUUUUUCGAUGGUCUCCUAGGAUUUUUUGGAGGCUUUGCUUUUGCCAACAACAUACUUCGAGAUUCAGCUUGUCUUGGAUCAUUAACUGGAUCUGCAUUGUGCUUGGCCUAUGAUUAAUGAUUUUAUCACCUAUUGGAGGAUUGAGGACAAUCAUAAUUAAAGCUAAGACCUAUGAAUUUUACUCUUAGACUCUUUCCACUCUUGACUCAUCAUUGAAAGGUGUAGCAUACAAAUUAGAGAAGUGAAGUUGGUUGAGAUGAAGUUAACUAUAUUGACCUGUGUGUGAUUGCAAAAGAUUGCUCGUAUAGUAUGCCCACUAUACUUGUUGAUGGAAGAGGAAAUUAAUACCACGGAAUCAAAUGAAUGAGAAAUUUCUAGAUGCUUUUUUACUUUGUAAUUUUCAUUAUAGGAAUGUAUCAUUUAAAUUUUCUCUUUGCUCUUACUUAUUCUUGUAAUGGCACCUAUUUUGUAAAGAACAAAUAGCAUGUUUGGCUUUGAUUAAAUUUGGGGAAAGAAGCAUUUUUUUCCCCCUUUUAAAAACU